CGGGCGGCGAUCGGGCCGGGCAGCGGCUCUUGUUCGCCAUGGGGGACGCACUGUCCACACACCUGGACGACGCCCGGCGUCAGUGCAUCGCAGAGAAAACCGGGAAGAUCCUGACGGAGUUCCUCCGCUUCUACGAGGACCAGUAUGGCGUGGCCCUCUUCAACAGCAUGCGCCACGAGAUCGAGGCCACGGGCGUGCCGCAGGCCCAGCUGCUGUGGCGGAAGGUACCGCUGGACGAGCGUGUCAUCUUCUCUGGGAACCUCUUCCAGUACCAGGAGGACAAUAAGAAGUGGAGAAACCGCUUCAGCCUCGUGCCCCACAACUAUGGCCUCAUGCUGUACGAGAAUAAAGCGGCCUAUGAGCGGCAGAUGCCACCUCGAGCCAUCAUCAACAGUGCAGGAUACAAAAUUCUCACCUCUGUGGACCAGUACCUAGAGCUUGUGGGCAACUCUUUACCAGGGGUCACGUCAAAAUCAGGGUCCACCCCCAUCCUCAAGUGCCCCACCCAGUUCCCCCUCAUCCUCUGGCAUCCUUUUGCACGGCACUACUACUUCUGCAUGAUGACGGAGGCGGAGCAGGACAAGUGGCAGGCUGCCCUGCAAGACUGCAUCCGACACUGCAACAAUGGGAUCCCCGAGAACUCCAAGGUGGAGGGCCCAGCGUUCACGGACGCCAUCCGCAUGUACCGCCAGUCUAAGGAGCUAUAUGGCACCUGGGAGCUGCUGUGUGGGAACGAGGUGCAGAUCCUGAGCAACCUGGUGAUGGAGGAGCUGGGCCCUGAGCUGAAGGCUGAGCUCACACCACGGCUGAAGGGGAAGCCCCAGGAGCGGCAGCGGCAGUGGAUCCAGAUCUCAGACGCUGUGUACCACAUGGUGUAUGAGCAGGCCAGGGCACGCUUUGAGGCGGUGCUGGCCAAGCUGCAGCUGGCCCGGCCGGCGAUGGAGGCCGUCAUCCGCACCGACAUGGACCAGAUCAUCACCUCCAAGGAGCACCUGGCCAACAAGAUCCGAGCCUUCAUCCUCCCCAAGGCGGAGGUAUGUGUGCGGAACCACGUGCAGCCCUACAUCUCGUCCAUCCUGGAGGCCCUGAUGGUGCCCACCAGCCAGGGCUUCACGGAGGUGCGGGACGUCUUCUUCAAGGAGGUCACCGACAUGAACCUGAACGUCAUCAACGAGGGGGGCAUCGACAAGCUGGGCGAGUACAUGGAGAAGCUGUCCCAGCUGGCCUUCCACCCACUCAAGAUGCAGAGCUGCUACGAGAAGAUGCAGCCCCUGCGGCUGGACGGGCUGCAGCAGCGUUUCGACGUGUCCAGCACGUCUGUGUUCAAGCAGCGAGCCCAGAUCCACAUGCGUGAGCAAAUGGACAACGCUGUGUAUACCUUCGAGACCCUGCUGCACCAGGAGCUGGGGAAGGGGCCCACUAAGGAGGAGCUGUGCAAGUCCAUCCAGCGGAUCCUGGAGCGGGUGCUGAAGAAAUACGACUACGACAGCAGCUCCGUGCGGAAGAGGUUCUUCCGGGAGGCGCUGCUGCAGGUCACCAUCCCCUUCCUGCUCAAGAAGCUGGCCCCCACCUGCAAGUCGGAGCUGCCCCGGUUCCAGGAGCUGAUCUUUGAGGACUUUGCCAGGUUCAUCCUGGUGGAGAACACCUACGAGGAGGUGGUGCUGCAGACCGUCAUGAAGGACAUCAUGCAGGCUGUGAAGGAGGCGGCCGUGCAGCGGAAGCACAACCUGUUCCGGGACAGCGUGGUCAUGCGCAAUAGCGACCCCAACCUGCACCUGCUGGCGGAGGGCGUGCCCAUCGACUGGGGCGAGGAGUAUGGCGGCGGCGGCGGCAGCCCCCACCCCGAGGCCCCCGAUGGGGCCGGCCUCUCCGAGAAGCGACGGCGCGCCAAGCAGGUGGUGUCCGUGGUCGGGGAUGAGGAGCUAGGGCUGCCCUUUGAGGCCAGCCCGGAGCCACUGUCACCUGCGUCCCUGGACAGUGUCACGGAGCUCCGUGGCAUGCUGGCCCAGGAUCUGCGAGCUGAGAGCCCCCCACCGGCUGCCCCCCUGCUCAACGGGGCCCCUGCCCACGAGAGUCCCCAGCACGUGGCAGACUCGGAGGCCUCCUCACCGCCCAGCUCGCCCCUCCCGCACCUCUCCCCGGACAAGGCCUCGGACCUUGAGCCUCCCAAGCCCAGUGACCAGGAGACCGGGGAGCAAGUAUCCAGCCUUGGCGGCCGCCCCCCCAUCCACACCACCACGGAGAACAGCGCGGGGGUGCAGACUGAGUUCUAGACUCGCCCGCCCGGUGCUUUUCUUGGACAGGGCACGCCCCGCAGGGCACUGGCCUGGCUCCGUGCUGGGCCAGGAGGUGCCCCAUCUGUGCCUUAUGGGGUGUGGAGGGGCAGGGCUGGGCGGCACCUCCAGACGUCGGGCAGGGAAGGGCCCACCUGAGUCACUUUAUUGGGUUCAGUCAACACUUUAUUUUGCCCCCCGCUUUCUCUUCUGCUGGAUGAUCUCGGACGCACGUCUGGGUUCGGGGCUCUCCUGCUGUGCCGCGGCUGGGCCUGGGCAGCUCCCAGGGCUGCCUGCGAGGCGGCACCCCUUGCUUCUGGCCCGUCUGUGGCCUCGGUUUCUCACGUGGUUCUUGCCAGCCUUUUCGGAAAGAGGGAGAUAAAGGCAUCGUGUUCGGCACAUCUAAGCCAGUGGGUUCUCUUCCUUCUCACCAGGGGGCCCACUGGGACUGGGCAGGGAGAGGGGAGCCCCAAGCUGUGCUUUCAGAGAGGACCCUGGCCUGUCCCCCACCAGGGCCAGGGGAGGUGCUCCCUGGAGGAGGGAGUGGGUCUUCAGGCUGGUGCUGGAGGUGGACUAUCUCAUGGAGACGGGGGUGGGGUGCCGGGACUGAAGUGGGAUGAGGGAGGCAGAGAAAGUGCUGGUGGGCAGAGGCAGGUGUUCCGUGGGGAGAUGUCAGGGACAUUUGGGUGGAGGUUCAGAUGCCAACACGAGGGUGGCCGGCUGGCAGAGCUGGGUCUUUGCCUCGCUUCUUCCCCACCCCCAGCCCGUUUCAUUCACUGGAGACCUGCAGUCUGGGGUCCCUGUUACCUCCCUCCCCCACCUCCCUCUACAUCCACAGCUUUAGGCUGAGGCCUGAGGCAAGUGGGGCAAAGUCGGUCAAAGGCAGGUGAUUCCUGGGCUGUGGAUUCUUGAAGGUGCUUUGGGCCACCUUCAAGGUACACACUGCUUGCCCAGGAGGCUGGGAAGGCCCAUUAGGGCUCCCCAAUAAGGACUCUUCUAGGCUUUGGCCUGAGAUUCCAGGCAAAUGUCCUUGUGAAUCACUUCCGGGCUAGCCUGGCCCUCCUCAGCUUCUUACUUCUGGGGGUGAGGGUCAAGCCCAGGCAGCCCUGCUGUGGCAGACCCCCACCCCCACCCCCGGGACCAGAACCUACUGGCCUCCCUCCCUUGUUGUUGAGGAAGGGCAGGCAGGCAGACACUGACACCCUCCGGGGUCCCCUCUCCCACCCUCCCCGGCCCUGUGAGUCCUCCUUCCACCAGAGAGACCUGGUCUUCAUGGUGUAGGUCUUAGACCCACAGGCUGAGGGAGUCCAGUCCCUGCCCCGGCCCCUCUCCCACCAGUGAGGUCCGUCGAAGAUGCUCUCCUCUGGUGCCUUCUAUGGGGGUUUUCCAACCAGCCUUCCCAUAUAUUGUAUUGGAAACAUUAUUCAAACUGUUUAAGCAUCUACUAAUCAAUAAAUGCUUUAUUUAAAAGCCA